AUGCCUCCUCAAGCAAGAUCGAUCUCAUCCUACUUCAAACCUACAGGAGUGGUAGCUGCCACUUCUUCUAGCACAACGACAGCUGCAGGUGCAGGUGCAGGUGCAGGACUGACCACUCCAGAAAAGAAAAAGGGUAUCCUAAGUGAAGCUGCCAAAAGAGCUAUAGAAGAAGGUUUAUCAGCUGCCAAACAAGAUGAAGAGGAGCCAGAACCAUCGAAGAAGAAACAAAGGAUUGAUUCCAGUCCAUCCACAUCAAAGGUAGCUGAUAUAUUCACUAAACCGAAUUUGACUGCCUCACCGACGAAUAAGCUGCCCAUAGUGAGAUCAAAGACACGCGAAGACUUAAGAGCUAGAAUCGCAGAGAAACCAGAUUGGAUUAAUAAAUUGUCAUUGGAAAUCGAUACAAUGGGUGAAGAUUGGUUAUUGGCUUUACAAGAUGAACUGACAAAAUCGUAUUUCCUGAAUCUUAAAGAGUUCAUUACCAAUGAACAAAAGACUAAGAAAGUGUUUCCACCAGCCGAGGAUAUAUACUCCUGGUCUCGAUUGUGUCCUUUGAAGGAUAUCAGAGUGGUCAUUAUUGGUCAAGAUCCAUAUCAUGACGAUGGUCAAGCACAUGGUCUGGCAUUUUCAGUCCGAAAAGGUGUUCGAGUCCCACCUUCUUUACGGAACAUGUACAAAGAGAUGCACGAUGAGAUACCUGGAUUCGUUAUUCCUAAACAUGGAGAUUUGACUGAAUGGGCUAAACAUGGUGUUCUGUUGUUGAAUACUUCUUUAACCGUCCGAGCUCAUGAGGCAGGAUCUCACGCGAACAAAGGAUGGGACACGUUCACUGCUGCCGUACUGAAAGUGGUAACAUCAAGAUUAUCGCCUGGACCAUCUAUAGCUUCUGCCGUGGGAGAAAAAGUGCCGGGUGGGAAUGGUGUGGUGUUUAUGGCUUGGGGUGCACAUGCAGCUAAGAUGUGUGCGGGAGUAGAUAAUAAAAAACACUUGAUACUGAAAUCAGCUCAUCCAUCUCCUUUAUCAGCAAGUAGAGGUUUCUUAGGUAACAAUCACUUCAAAAAAGCAAAUGAGUGGUUACAGCUUAAAUACGGACCACAAGGUGGAAUCGAUUGGGAAGCUCUAGGUGAUAAUGGCAAGCCCACAACAUAA